GCCUUGAAAAGCAGCGUGAGCACAGCACAAGUAGUGGUCCGGAAUAUUGGCCAAGCUUGACGCCGCCAGCCAUCAGACCAGCAGAAAGUUGAAACACGGGGUAGGCAGCUAGAGGAAAAUAAAGAAGGAGCCGUGUGUGAGCAGUGGAAUCCGUGUGCAUCCCUUCCGGACACCUACCCGUGAUCCGUGAACAUAUCCGCUGGUUCUUCCUUAGGAAUACAAUAACAAGGGAAACCGUGUCUUGUCGCUGAUAAUUUAAGCCAUUUUCUUCACCGCUUCGAUACUUCAAUAGUUUCAUCGAUCCUUGCGUGAAGCCAGGAAAUUUUUUUCGACUUUUUUUCUUAGAAAUUUUGUGAUCUGCAUAUUUUCUUGAUUGAAAGAGAGGAAUAUUUCUAGUCAAAUAACUGAAAGAAAGAUGAUGAAUAGUUCGAGACGCAGAAAUAUAUUGCUUUAUAAUUCGAUGAGAUAACGGAAAUAAAUGGCCCCAUUUUCUAAUCGUCCAGCGGAAAUAAGAAGAAAAAACAACUAAAAGCGCAAAGUGAAAGUAAAUAUUUGUUAAAUUAGUGGUUGAAGUUGGAAUACCAGCAAAAAGUGAGUGGGGCACAUAAAUCAGCAAAAUGGCAUAGAAAGGUGCUAACGGUUGCAUGAUUCCGGAACGCGUUGAACGAAAAGAAGAAUAAUGGGAGAAGUGUUUCCGGUACUAGUAAAAAAGUGUUACAUUUUCCCACGUCCCAAAGUCACCCCACGUUCAGGCAGCCAUUCUUCAGUAUACUAUUAUCCGCGAAAGUAGAGAAAAACCAAAGCUUAAUUGGCCCGGGCUCGGAGAAUGCUGCAAAUAGAAUAAUCCGUCGGUACUUACCAGAAAAAAAGGAAUGUCACCGUGUUCAACUGUCGAAAGGCGCACAGCACAAAUUUCACAUCAGGCAGACCAGCUCUAAGUUUGGUCGUUUGGCUUAAAAUAACAACUAUAAUCAUCAUCCACCGUCAUCAACCCACACGACUUUUCGAAAGCACGUCAUUGAACUACACCACUAGGAAAAGCAGAACCAUUUCCCGUCGGAGUAUCAUGGAUAAAAUUUGGAUUACAUUCUUCUUGCUUAUUAUUGCAGUCAUCAACGCACAAACAAAUGGACAAUCGGUUCUCAACGUUCAGUUGAUUGUGAAAAAAUAUGUUGAAAGGGGGAGCGCCGUGGCCCUGUAUUGUGAUAACGAUGCGGCUCCGGAUAUACUGUACAAGGUGACGUUCCUUAAAGGUGGUAACAAAAUUUUCGAAUACAUCAAGGGUCGGAAUCCACCGUAUCGAAAUUAUUCGAUAUCAGGAGCAGAGAUUGAUUGGAAAAAGGUGAACCCCUCAACAUUAACAUUGAAAAAUCUAGAUUAUGAAGCGUCCGGGUCUUACUAUUGCGAGGUAUCAACUGAUACCCCAAUUUACACGAAGGCGUCCAAUGACGAACCUAUGCAUGUUAUGCUUCCACAAAAAGGACCACCUACAAUCGAAUUUGCCAAAAAGCAACUUUAUUAUGGCGACAUUCUAGUGGCCAAUUGUACGACGUCCAGAGCUAGGCCGGCACCUCACAUUACUUGGUUAAUCAACGGAAAACAGGUUGACGAUGCUAACGUUCGGCAGCUUCAUCACAACUCAAAAGGCAAUCAUCGAACGAAGCAGGUAAUGCCCUAUUCGGCAAAUUCAACGUCUAGCGUUUACCACCAUGGAAAAGUUCUUGCGGGAUCGCCCAGCAACGGAGGAACUCUAUCUAGCACCGGAAAUAGCCUGAAGGAUCUCAAGGCCAUAACGAAAGUUGUUGAUGAUGAGAGAAUAAAAGUGGCAAAAGCAUCACUCAAUGGUUACAAUGUUCAUUCGCCUAGUUCCGGCUAUGGAGGAGGAUUCCAGAUUCAACCGAACAUAGGCUACAAUAAUUUCGAUAGCAGUUUUAAUUUCGGCAUGAAGAAUCAUCAUCGUGAACGCGAACGAAGUGGAAGUAUUGGGGUAUUCACCCUUGGCGGCGAUCGAAUGAGGGAUGAAGCCACCGAAUACGAGGAGAGUGAUAAAAAGACUACGUGGGUGAAAAAUGAUUAUCAAACGAAUCUUCACUACGACAAUAAACAGUUGCAGCAACAUGUAGACAAUGGGCUUAGAAAGCAUAGAAAUUUGUACGACCACAAAUUUAGAAGACACAUAAAUGACGCAAGUGGACAGGAACCCAGAAAAAUGCACAGACAGGUAUCGGCAAGUUACAGUCAACUUUCUAUUCGCAUAACAGAUGCCCUGACGAAUACGUUGGGUCGGAUAGAAAUCACCUGUUUGGCGACGAUUCCAGCACACGUUGAGCCUGGCGAACAAUAUGCUGAUUACAAAACAUCCCUUAUCAAACUUGACAUCGAACAUAACGAUUUGACGUCUCCGGAGCCAUCAACAGGUUCCUUAGCACAUGCCAAGUCCGAUGCAGUGCAAACGUCAAACCUCCAAACAACCUCCAGUCUUUGCCGGAACUUGCUGAUAGUGCAGUGCUGCAUUGUAAUUCUGGCCAUAUUCUAUCAUCGAAGAUCGGCAGCGGCUUGGUUUCUGUGUUCUUCUCUGACGUAAUGUGUGUAGAUAAAUCCGCGUUCUCUUUUCCUUCUAUCGUCAAUACCAGAAUAAGAAGAGUUACCUACCCUCUACUUGAUACAAUCACACAGGAGCUGUCAAAAGAAUCCCUUAAAUCGUUAAAUAUUUGUUCUGUGAAAUGAUAAUGACUGGAUGGAAAGUAAGGAAAUGGACCCUUUCUUCGUAAUACUUAAGAUUCCAUUGUUCAACCUGAUCAACAAACAUCCACUGUACAGAAUUUGCACAACGUGUGGAGGAUGAAAAAUAGGCAUCUAAAACUUAAAAUAUAAAUGUGAAAUCUAUUAUGUAUAGAUUAACACCUAUUUAUAUUAUUUUCUUUUUCAUAAACCAGCCAAAUCGAAAACGUGUAGCCUAAUAUAAUUAGAUUUGAAUCGGUGAAUGCAUGAUGCGCUUUGUGUUGAAUAUUAAGAAAACCAAAAAAGUAUGACCUAAUUUAUAAGACUUUUAGUCUAGAAGGGCCAAAAAAUAGGCGGAGUUAGUUUAAUAAUAUUGGUAAAAUCGAAAAUAAGUUUGUAGACGUAUAGAAGAGUGACAAACUAAGGAAAUUUUUAGGCUGGUUAAAAUUGCAUCAGACAUUUGUAGUUUAAAUAUAUUAGAAAAAUUUAUUUUGAAAUACUUAAAAUUCUACAAAAAUCACAAAUGCAUUAAACUUUAUUUUCAACACGCUCCUUUUUUUAAACUCAAAAUUAAGUAGUUUUGGUUCAAAACAGCACUUCAGUGGCAGCCCUCAACUUUGAGUUCGACUGGGUAAUCGCAAAACUAAGUUCAGAUAGGCAUACUGAAUACUAAGUUCGGCAGCCGAAAUCAAAUUUAUCCUUUUUAUUCGAGGGUUGUUUAUUUUCAGGGAAUUAAAGGAUGGUUCAAUUUUUUUGUACCCGGAUGUAGCUGUUCCGGUACAUUGCAUUGCAAUUACAGAGCGGUGGAAAGUUUUGACACUCCCGGUCAAAGAAAACUUCCGGAUGUUACUUCCCACGGUAAGUAAAUAACAUCCGGAAGUUUCCGGACAUUUCAAGCCGCCCACCAUAUGAUUACAAUGACGGACAUAAUUUAACGAUGACACGGGGGACAUUCCAUUAUGAUAGUCUUCCGGUAAUUGUUCCGGAACGACAAAAUUUUGCGUCGUGUUCGUUGGUUGCUGUUCCAGUUCGAACUGAACUCGCUAAGUGUUUUCAGUCCAAAAAAGUGAGUUCAAUUUCUAGUUCAUAAGGUCGAACUCAGCUUUGCUCCCUCGCCGAAGGAAAAAAAGGGAUCAACUUUGAGUUCGCAGUUCGAACUCCGUUUUGAACCAUCGCAAGGGGAAAUAAGGGUACUCAACUUUAAGUUCAUAGAAUCGAACUAUGUUUUGAACAUCGGUCAUACUUAAAUUUGAGUUAAAAUGAAGAAGCGUGAAGGCUAUUUAACUUCAAAAUUGAUUGACAUCAAUUUACUAAGAGUCAUGUUCAAUUUGUUUGUAUCUAUCUAUUAUAUGUAUAUGACUGAAACAUAUUUUUACGAAACAAACUUAAUUAAAUUUAAAUUAUUUGAAUUUAGUUUUCAGAAUAUCAAAUGUAAACUCCCAUUUCAAAUUUUCAUCUACUGCAUUACGCAUAUUAAGAAAAAGGUCACAAAAUGCUUGUUUGAGAGUAAACGAAUUUAAGUCGAGUCGGUCUAAAUCGGUAAAGCAAAUGUUUUGUUUAUGAAAUAAUAUACCUCACGUCAUUUCUUCUGUUUUGUUAAAUGAUUUCCUGUUCUGAUUUUCAAUAGAAGUAUUUUUCUAAGAGCAUGUUUAUGAUCUCACUCAUAUCCAAUUAGAAGAGAGAAAUUGGAUCGGUUUUCAACCACAAUCAACAGAUGAAUUCUACACUUCCUAUUUUUUCGAAGAUGAUUCCGAAUGACCAAACAUUUUGAAGCUACAAAUAUUGUCGAUACCGGAUAUCAGGAAUGAUUCUGUAAUUUGAAAACGUAUCUUUAAUUAGACAACUACAAAUCUGGAAAGUUGUUAUGAUAAUCUAAAUUCAACAAAAUAAAAAUAAAAACAAUUAAAAAUUUUUGAACCUUUGAAAAUGGAAUGCAAAUUUCUAAAUUGUUUAUUUGGAGAUUGUGCUAAUUUCAAACAUUGGUGCCGAAACAUGCUUGAGGAUAAGAGUAACCUUACAGUUUUUUUAAUUGAGCCAAAUUUUAGCCCAUUUUUUAUUAAGAACUUUUAUUAGCAAAAGACUGGUGAUUUUUGAGAACCUACCCAACAGCUUGAAUAUGGAAUAUUAAUUUUAACUAAUCAAAUUUCUAUAUGCUGUCAUAAUUGCAGAUAAAAAUACUGCAUUGCCAAUAACGAAAAGCGUUAUUUUGUCACACAUUCGACUUUGAAUGAAGAUUACAAUUUGUUGGAAACUUAACACUCCUAGAUAAAAAAAUAACAGAAUAGACUAGAAAAUGUAAUGAAAGAUUGAGACAAUGUUCGUAAAUGCGUUCAAUUUUCUUCUCUAAACUGGUCAAUUAAACUACAAUUACACUAAACAUACAACAACACAAAUGUACAACAAAGAGAAAUCAUUUAUUUUUUAAAUAAUCUCGUAGAGCCGGGAAUACUAACUUAAUAUAUCUACAGGUUACUGUUUCAGUGUUUUGGAACGCAACAUAAAAAUGAACGUAAAAUAAGUCUUAUGACCUACCAAUACAAACACCGGCAUUAUUAGAACAGUGACAAUUCAUCAUACAUAUAACGCAAAAAAAACAAUAGAACGUAAAAAUAAUGGAUUGCCGAUGCAGAUAUACAAAAAACUGAACCUAGCAAAACAUGAUAUGAUAAACUAAAAAGCUUUAAAUGUUGUUUGAAAUCUGUCACAAAUACCAUUUUAACGAAACAUCUCCAAUUAAAAAAAAAACAAAAUAAUGAUAACUGAAUUUCUCUCACAACCAGCAGGAAGUAAAAAAAAAUCUCAUAAAAGCGUAUAUGCAUGUUUGAUCAAAAAUAAAAACGUCUCCAAGGAAAAUUUAAAAAAAAAUGAAAAAAGUGCGUGUCUCGUCACCCAAAUCAGCUGUUUGUAUAUAAAGCACUUUUUCUCUGGAGUUCUAAGAGACAAGGCUUUGGAACAUCUAUCAUGAAACAAUACUAAACCCUAACCGAAAGUCUCGAACAGUACAUACUAUAGUGGAACAAUUUAAAAGAGAGCUCGAUUUUAUUUCAUUUGAAUUGUAAAAGGUAAACCAAAUCUCUAUGUUUCAACUCACAACGUAAAAUAACAUGAUUCAAUGAGAUAUAAGAAGCAAACAAAAUGAUAAAAUGACAAAGACAUAAGGUAAGAUAUUAGGUAAAUAAUUGAAAAACUAGCGACUAAUCAUUGCCAUAUAACGAAAAAGAACGACAGUUUUGAUGAUGAUUUCAAUAAUGCAUUAGGAAAAUUAAUUCUAACAUUGCCUUGCCUUUUUGUUUCCAUACAAAUGACUUCCAUUUUAUGCUGUAAGGCAAAAUUCAGCUAAAUUUUAUGCACAAAAUACCUGCAAACAAAAUGCACGUUAUAAACAUAUCAUUUGUUAAGCAAUACAUGGCUACAUGUUAAGUAAUAAAGAAGUAUCUCGAUAGUGAUGAAAAAAACAUGGAAACAGCAAACCAAAUUUGGCAUGUGUAUUAGUCAAGAGGAUGACACGGAGGCAAUACUGUUAUUCAGAUGAUAGUCUUAUCAGAUUGAUCGAAUCAACAAAUUGAUUGAUGAUCAAAUCUUCAUAAUUUUCAAACAAACAUUUAAAAAAACAAGAAGUCUUGAGACCAAACAUAAACUUUUUUUUUUCAAAUAAUUUUGAUAUGCAUAUGAACAAAACUUUAUACACAUACAAGUGUUCUUAAAACCUGGAAAAUUUUCUAAUCACUGAUUACAAAUGUUCAUUUCUUUUAUAGUUUUUUUUUUUAAGUUUAAGCUGUUAAACCGAAAAACAGUGCACAAACAUAUAUCCUGCAAAAAAAGUAAAUGUAAAAGUAUCACUUUCGAUUGUCAUUAGCGCAUUUUAAUGUACUGCUUUACGUAAUCUGAUAAUGGCUAUCGGAAAAAAGAUGAACAUUAUAUUGCUGUUAUUGAAUGUUGAAUGAAUGUUUAUUGAAUGAUUGUAGAUUGAAACUCGUCUGAAACUGUUGUGUUCGUUAUAUGGUGCUACUAAGAUAGAAAAAAAAAACAAAAUGACAUGAAUAUAAAUUUAUAUUUUUCUACAAACUUCAUGUAGAAAAAAGUUUUUGAAUGGGUGCCGUUAUAAAGUGUUUUCAUUUUGAUUGAAAACGUAAUCAAGAAGUUUUCAUAGUUGGUCGAUUAGUACCAGAUAUUUGGAUUUGUUCGACACAAGUUAACUUAAGUUUAAAAGAUUAUAACACUUGGUUCCAAACAGUUAUCCUCUAUUAAUUAAGUAAAUUCGAGUCUUAUGGAGUUCGUUUAUGGUUAAUCUAUUUGUCAAACAUAACCUAGCUUUUAGUCACUUUAACCAGUGUAUAUUAAAGCAGGUUAUCGAUUGGCAACAAAAAAA